UUAUAACGACACGGACAAAAAUCGUCUAUGCACUAGAAAUUUAUGUUUCACUAAAAAGAAGCCUUACAAAGUGUUUUUAUUGCUUCACUCUGUUCUACGUUGUAUAAUUCGACAUUGUGCAAUAGUGAAGUCGAGAUAAUCGUCGUUAUUGCAAAACGUAAUGUUCGUGUGCUGAUUUCCCGCCGGCACAGAUCAGUCGACUAAUAUAAUAGAAACACGGAUUACUCCAAUAGAAUUCCUAAGUAACUGCAACCUCCAUACAAGAAAAUAAUUCAAUGUCCCGGGUGGACGUGAAGGACGAUGACAGGAUGCCGUGCUUGGGGGACAGUUCUGUUAAUCCUCAUCGUUUCGAUCAGCACUGUUCGCGCGAUCACGGUCGGAGAUCGUACCUUGACGAACGAUGAGAAGAAAUGGUUCGGUACGGAGAAUUUCAUGUAUUCUUGGACGGGGCCGAACGCGUUGGCGAGAUCGGCGUUGCUCGAACGACAGGAAAGAUUACAGUACAACUGCGAGGAGAUUCUCGGCGACGUGGACACUGGCAAUGAAGUCACGAAUCCGGAGAUAUUCAGGAAUAUCCUCGUGGACGAGCAACACGAACUUCUUUACUGCUACGUUCCCAAGGUCGCCUGCACGAAUUGGAAACGGGUCCUGAUGGUGGCGACCGGGAAAUGGCCGGGUAACGAUCCCAUGGAGAUACCGGCCGAUCAGGCCCACUCUCAGGGCACUUUUCAACGGUUGAGCAACUACACCACGCCCGAAAUCGCACGAAUGUUGGCCUCGUACGACAAGCUGAUAGUGGUCAGACAUCCGUUGGAGAGGUUGCUGUCAGCGUACAGGAACAAGCUGGAGGCGAAACACGAGAAGAGCUCGAUCUACUUUCAGACACGUUUCGGGAAGAAGAUUAUCAAGAGGUACAGGCAAAACGCUACCGAGCAGUCGUUGAGGAAUGGCGACGACGUGACGUUCCGUGAGUUCGUCGAGUUCGUCACGGACGAUUCCUCGAACGAAACGCGAAACGAGCACUGGAAGCCGAUCUACGAGCUGUGUCAGCCAUGCUUAGUUAAUUACAACCUCGUUAGCAAGUAUGAAAGUUUGGUGGAGGACGCGACCGAGGUACUGGAGCGGAUGGGGGUCGAGUCGGUCAAUUUUCCCGCCAAGCCAACUAACAGCGAGCCAACAUCAAAGAAGCUGGAGAAAUACUACUCCACGUUGACGUACAAGCAACUACGAAAGUUGGUGGAUCUGUACAAACUAGACCUAAGACUGUUCGACUAUUCGCUGGAGGACGUUCUUGGAUUUUCUGUCGCGUGACACGAUCAUUCGUGGAAUUUCUGAGAAACAUACGCUUCGAGGUGCUAAUGGAUACGAUAACAAUUAGAAUCAUUGUGUAUAUAAUGUAACAGGGGGAAGUAGAGUUAAGUGUGUCUACGCAGCAGCGACAUUUAACAUCGUGUAGUUGCGCAAAUACCAUUCCAGAUUCACGCAACCGGUGUGCUCUUGGUGUAUUUCAUUUAAACGGGUCUCUCUAAUCGUACUUAUAGAUAUAAAUAUAUUAAUUAACCGUCUCAGUCAUUACGAACAACCGUAGAUUAAAGUGAACGUGUGUGUGCGUUAAAUUUCGUAAAGGUCGCUAGUCGAGGCGGAUACAUAACGCAUUCCAUUAAGCGUUUUCCCCGUUUGUCUCGCUGCUUUCGUAUUUUUAAAACGUGGGCGGUCUCUGUGCCAAGAAUUUAACGAUAUUAUAAUAAAAGAACGUGUCUGCGUGUACGACGUAUUCGUUCGGUGCCAGCGGAAGUGUCGAUCCUCCAGAUCUUCGGCAAGGUUUCCGAGAUCUCCGGUUGUUUAAUAUGUAUGUACAUAUAACGACCUUAUUUAUAAUUUAUAAUCGGACGUCUCAUCAGUCACGUUGGUCUCGUUUACUCGCCAUAUUCCCGUACCUAUAUACAAGCAACACGUAUGCAUGUGUAUGUGCAUACAAGACCUUUGAUCUUGCAUUCCUCCGACGGUCUUUGAUCGAGACCCCAUACUCCGUGUGUAGUUAACAUAAGUUACCAAGAGUGUGUCCUUUACCUUCUUUUUCUUUUUAUCCGAUGUAGCUGUGUGAUCCUGUUGCGAAUGUAAUAAAAAAGAAAAUCAUUUUAUACAACCUCCGCUUUAUGUUUCAUUUCAAUCGACGCCUCAUUAACAUCCACGCAUUUAGAAUGAUUUAUUUUACGAGCUUCGAAGCCGAGCGCCAUCAUUGAAACGCGUUACGUAACACGACCGUAUAUUGUCCAUCGAGGCUGAUGGUUGGUUUACAUGAUAAAAUUAGACGAAACCCUGGAAAUGAUGGACGACGUUGGUGCGCAUUAGUUGAAGAGGAGAGCAACGAUAUCACGGCCUAAUCAAACGUUCAGGAACUUCACCGAGUGUGUUUCGCGUACCAGAAAUAGCCUGUGCCAUCAAUCAAAUCGAAGGAUUUUCGAGCGUGUUCGAUUCGUCGUCUUCGUUUUAUUAAGCACACCGUAAACCGUCUAACCGAAUGUGAUCGUAUUCACGAAAAAAUAUUGUUUCUAGAUCGUGGACAAAGCGGCCUGAGUGUUCCUGUGUUAAAUCAUCACUGUUUUCCGAGACUCGAAUCCGAUAUUUUCGUUAUAUUUGGUCACGUGUAAAAUAUCGUGG